AUGGCGGACGCUUCAUGUAGCGGCGGUACUCCCUUCAAGCGACUCAUCGAUCACCAGGCCCGAGAUGUCAGCCAUCAUCAGGACCGGCUCAUAGAUCGCAACGGUCCCCAAGGCCAUGCUUCCUUCAGAUCUACACCACAGCAUAUGCAAGGCGCGGAUGGCUUCGGCGCAUUCAUGGAUGGCCCAUCAACCCUUCCAGGAGUUCCCCAGCAUCACCACGCAGCGGGAAGAUUAGCAGCCCAUGCUGCCGUUCUUGAACAAGGACAUCCACAUGCAUUCCACGCCGCACAGCCAUCGCACUUUAAUCAAGCGCAUCACUCCCCUUCAGUAGAUACGAGUAACUGGGCAUCCGACUUUAACCGCUUCGCAAACCAGUCGCAGCAGCGACAACCUAUCCAGAAUGGCUUCUCUCAAGCCGCGCCUCAAAUGCACCAGCCGACCCCUCAGAUGAACUUCCACACCGCAUUCAUGCAACCCAACAAUGAUUUCGCGCCCAUGUAUGGCCAGUCUACCGGUACUUUCAUGGACAAUACCACAGCACCGAUACAAGAAGCUGGUUUCGACGACGAAAUGUCAAAGUGGAUGGCAACAAACGGUGGCGGGGGUAUGGAAGAAGUAGACGCCAUGAUGGACAAGAUGGCUCGCGAACUAGAACUCAACGACGCAGCGGUAGCGCAAGCCGAAGCCGAACGUGCCUCACAAGAGGAAACCACCGUCGAGCCAAGACUAGAAGCGAAUCCUCUCAAACUUGUCUCUGAUGACAUCGGCAAUCUCUCCAUCGAGGCAGAACGAGAGGCUAUUCUUCAAGAACCCGAACCCGCCGAGACUGUCAAGACGAAGUCCGAAGUCGCAGACGCUGCUGAACGACUACUAGAAUCAGUCGAGCACGAAGAUGGCGAGAAGUGGAAGAAUUCGGUAUUCUUGUCUCUUAUGCGAGAUUUCCGCGAUGGGAGAAAGGAUAUUAUCGACAAUGAGAUUCGCGAAACACCUGAGAACGAGACGAAUAUUGCGAAAGACGACCAGUGA